AUGGGCUGCGCGUCGAGAGUAGCGGUCGUGGCGGUUCUGCUUCUGGGCAUCUUGAGUGUGGCCGUUGACAGUGCCGAUACGAGGAUCCUCAAAGGACCUGACUGCAGGGGCCAUUCCAAGGAUAAGGAAUACAACAAGAGAAUGAAGACUCUACUUGAUAUCUUUGUGAGCGACACUAAGAACGUUGGCAGGCAUCAUGGGGAUUACGUCUACACCCAUAGUUUCCCCAAUUCCGACAAAGGUUCUGUCACUGGUCAGGCCAUUUGCGACUCCCGCUUAUGGAAAUGGGGUUGUGGGAAAUGUCUCGGCGACGCCAGCAAAUACAUCCACCGCAAUUGUGGCUCUACCCUCAAUGCUACCAUAAUACUCGUCGACUGUUCUAUCUCAGUCCACAAGAUAUGA